ACCUGGCAACCCAUGGGCGCAAUCUGUACACCGGCAGGGUUUGCGCUUUACGGGAGUGAUCUUUCUAUAAUGCGAUCUAUUUAAACACCAAGACUUCGUUGUAUACGUACGUUAUUACGGCUGGAUAGCGUUUAGUUGUUUGUUUGGCAACCUCCCUUCAGUCGCCUUUAAUCUCUUACAUGAUUUCUGUUGUUUCAAUGGCAAGACAGCAAUUAAAGGUUGGUUGUGCUGUAUUGAAGUGAAUCGCAAGGCCAGAGGCGGAUUGAGUGAUCCAGGUGGCCGAGAGGAGAGAGGAGAUGAGCUUUCGGAGUGAGGAGAUGUGUUUGGCGCAGCUGUUCCUGCAGUCCGGCUCCGCGUACGACUGCAUCAGCGAACUCGGAGAGAUGGGGCUGGUCGAAUUUCGAGAUCUCAACCCCAGUGUGAGCUCCUUCCAGCGCCGCUUCGUCAGUGAGAUCAAGAGAUGUGAGGAGAUGGAGAGGAUUCUGGGGUAUCUGCUGAGGGAAAUCAGGAAGGCUAAUCUUGCAGUGCCAGAGGCUGAAAUCCCUCCUGCUGCUCCUGCACCCAAAAAUGUCUUGGAGAUCAUGGAGCAACUGCAGAGGCUGGAGGUGGAGCUCAGCGAGGUGGCCAGGAAUAAAGAGAAGCUCCAGCGGAACCAGCUGGAACUGACGGAGUACACACACAUGCUGAGAAUCACACGCACGUUCAUGCACAGCCGCUCCAGGCAUGAAGCCCUGGGCCCUCAGUAUGAGGAGUUCCCGUCUCUGGAGACUGAAUCAGUGACAGGCUGCACCAGCAUGCAGAGACUGGGCGCCAAACUCGGGUUCAUCUCAGGGUUGAUUCAGCGGGUGAAGGUGGAGGCGUUUGAGCGCAUGCUCUGGCGGGUCUGUAAAGGUUACACCAUCCUCAGCUACGCAGAAGUGGACGAGAGCCUGGCUGAUCUUGACAGGGGGGAGAUCAGUAAGAAUGUAGUAUUCCUCAUCUCCUUUUGGGGCGACCAGAUUGGACAGAAGGUUCAAAAAAUUUGUGACUGUUACCACUGUCAUCUCUACCCCCACCCUGAAACAGAUGAGGAGAGGGCCGAUGUGAUGGACAGCUUGAGGACACGCAUCCAUGACUUACAAAACGUUUUGCACCGCACUGAGGAUUACUUGAAGCAGGUCUUGCACAAGGCGUCUGAGUCAGCGCACUCAUGGGUGCUGCAAGUGAAGAAGAUGAAAGCCAUCUAUCACAUCCUUAACCUCUGCAGCUUCGACGUCACCAACAAGUGUCUCAUCGCUGAAGUGUGGUGUCCAGUCAGCGACCUGGCGAACCUGAGGCGGGCGCUGGAGGAGGGCUCAAGAAAAGGUGAUGCCACCGUCCCUUCCUUCGUGAACCGUAUCCCAAGCAGUGACACUCCGCCGACACUUUUGAGGAGCAACAAGUUUACCUCAGGCUUCCAGAGUAUAGUGGAAGCGUAUGGAGUGGGCGACUACAGGGAGGCCAGCCCGGCUCCUUAUACCAUUAUUACCUUUCCCUUUCUGUUUGCGGUGAUGUUUGGAGAUCUUGGUCAUGGUUCAGUCAUGACGCUCUUUGCUUUGUGGAUGGUGUUGACUGAGAAGGACCACAAGCGGAGACGACCAGGAAAUGAGAUCUGGACAACCUUUUUUGAUGGUCGGUACAUCAUACUGAUGAUGGGAUUAUUCUCCAUAUACACUGGACUCAUUUAUAAUGACUGCUUCUCCAAAUCCCUCAACAUCUUUGGCUCAGCCUGGAGUGUCAAGGCCAUGUUCACCAAGCAGGAGUGGACAAAUGAAACUCUACAGACAAAUGCUUUACUCACCUUGAAUCCCAAUGUUUCCGGUGUUUUCUCUGGACCUUAUCCACUGGGCAUUGAUCCAAUCUGGAACAUGGCCGUGAAUCGCCUGACUUUCCUCAACUCCUACAAGAUGAAGAUGUCUGUGAUCAUCGGAGUCAUCCACAUGAGCUUUGGGGUGGUGCUCAGUGUCUUCAACCACUUGCACUUCCGACAGAAGUUUAAGAUCUAUCUUCUCUUUCUUCCUGAGCUGCUCUUUCUACUUUGUCUCUUUGGGUACUUGGUCUUCAUGAUCUUUUACAAAUGGCUGGCGUUCACAGUGCGAGACUCACAGCUGGCUCCAAGCAUUCUCAUCCACUUUAUCAACAUGUUCCUAAUGCAGGAGAGUGCCACUGCACCACUUUACCCUGGACAGAUGGCACUGCAGGUGUUUCUCGUGGUGGUGGCUCUGCUGUCGGUGCCAGUGCUGUUAUUCGGGAAACCUCUGUACCUCUACUGGCUGCAUCAUGGCGGGAAGAGCCUGGGGGUCCACAGGGGCUACGAGAGAGUUCGGCGUGUGAGUGAAGAAGAUCUGUCACUGUCUGUAGUCCAUGAUGAAGAGGAGGGACUAAGCGACUCAGGAGGGCCUCAGGAGGUUAAAGUUGACCGAUCUCACAUUCAGUCACUAUUAAGACUUUCUUGUAUAAAUGGCUCUAACAGCGUGUUUGUUCUUUGGCAGUUUCAUUUCGGAGACGUCUUCCUGCAUCAAGCAAUUCACACCAUAGAGUACUGCUUGGGCUGCAUUUCCAACACGGCCUCCUAUUUGCGUCUCUGGGCCCUGAGUCUCGCUCACGCCCAGCUGUCAGAGGUGCUGUGGGCGAUGGUGAUGCGUCUGGGUCUGAGGAUGAGCUCCAGACUGGGCGUGCUUUUCCUUGUGCCUGUGUUCGGUGUCUUUGCUCUGCUCACGAUCUCCAUCCUCCUGGUCAUGGAGGGCCUGUCCGCUUUCCUCCAUGCACUGCGUCUUCACUGGGUGGAAUUUCAGAACAAAUUCUACAGUGGAACGGGAGUCAAAUUUGCCCCCUUUGACUUCUCCCUGCUGCCCUCUGUCUUUGAGCAAGAUGGGUUACUCUGACCGCACAACACUUUGAACAGGACACUGUAGCUUAUCAUGACCCACUGACCUCCGGGCACGGGACAACGACCCAGCUGUUGACUAGGAAAAGCUUCUUGCACCGUAGAAUGUGUUCCCGGCCGAAUCAGUGCGCUAACCUGACAGCCGGUCUGCAGCAGUCCAUAUCAGAUGUUUCAGGUGCAGGAUUAUCAGUUGUGGUUCCAUCAUGUGCUGCCAUUUGAGGAUUGUCAACAAAGUCCUGCUAUUAUAUUUAUUUUAAGAGAUAUAACUUGUAUUUGGUACUGCACCUUCAUAAGCAUUCGCGGUCAUAUCGACUUUCAAAGUGCCAUAACUAUUUUUCAAUGAACAGUUUUGUAUGCUUCAAUGAAAUGUACUUCUGCUUGCUUUAGCUAGGUCUUAGAAAGAAAAGAAAAGCCUUUGCAGGUAAACUAUGGUGUGGGGAAUCCUACACUGUGCAGUGAACAAUGCCAAAUAACAAAUAUAAUUUACAAUGUGAUAUUAAAGCAUCAUUUACAACAUUUAGCGUGUAAAGCAGGUUUCCAGGGUAGCAUUGUUUUUUAUUGUUUCGUUCAAAAUUAAUUCUAAGACAAUACUUUAUUCAUAUUUAAAAAGAAAUAUUUCGGUUUUCCAAUACACGUGUUUAUGGUUUAAGAACUGAUGCUCACGGGUGUACAAUUUUGUUUGCAGUGUGUUUUUCAUCAACACUCCUGUAAAUUUACAUUUGUGUUUCAGUCGCUUAUAAACAAUCUAUUAUUAUACGAAUAGUGCAGAGUUGUGCUUAUUGUGAUAUAAUUAAGACCAUUUCUUUCAUACAUCAUUUCUUUUAUAAAGGAUUCUGUCAAGUAGGUCACUCUGGACGAAUCCAUCCUAACGACGAACCCAUAUUUAACUUCGCUAUAUUAAACUUC